AUGAAAGUCUCCAAAUCCAAAAGAACAGUCGACACCAAGGCUCUAGCGGAAAGAAUCAAGAAAAAUGUCUUGCAAGCAAAGAAAGCAUCUGAUCCCAUCACCAAAGCAUCACCAAAGUUAUCCAAGUCCACACCUAUUGAAGUCGAUGCUGAUGCAGAAACCAAAAUCUCAUCCUUUUCGGAAUUGGAUUUGGUUCCUGAACUUCUUCUUGCCAUCAACGGACUUAAGUUCUCUAAACCCACCCCCAUUCAAGCUGAAGCCAUUCCUCAUGCGCUUUUAGGGAAGGAUAUCAUUGGGUUAGCUGUUACUGGGUCAGGGAAAACAGCAGCUUUUGCCAUCCCCAUCCUACAAGCCUUAUGGCAUGCACAAACGCCGUACUUCGGUUUGGUGAUGGCUCCAACCAGAGAAUUGGCAUAUCAAAUUAAGGAAACUUUUGAUGCCUUGGGUUCAGGAAUGGGGGUGAGAACUUGCUGUGUUGUUGGUGGUAUGGAUAUGAUGGACCAAGCUCGUGAUAUCAUGAGGAAACCACACAUUUUGGUGGCCACUCCAGGUAGAAUCAUGGACCAUUUAGAACAUACCAAGGGGUUCUCGUUGAAAAACCUUAAAUACUUGGUUAUGGAUGAAGCUGAUAGAUUAUUGGAUAUGGAUUUUGGACCUUCUAUCGAUAAGAUCUUGAAGAGAAUCCCCACCAAUAGAACAACGUAUUUGUUUUCUGCUACCAUGACCAGUAAAGUGGACAAGUUACAACGAGCAUCAUUAAGAGACCCGGUUAGAGUGGCCGUGUCGACCAAGUUCCAAACAGCAGAUAAUUUAACCCAAUCAAUGAUGUUGGUCCCGGACGGGAAGAAGGAUACUUAUUUGGUUCAUUUGUUGAAUGAACUUCAUGGCAAAUCAAUGAUCAUCUUUGCCAGAACAUGUUCCCAUACUCAUAGAACUGCACUUUUAACCCGGAUGCUUGGGUUUUCUUCUAUCCCCUUACACGGUAAAUUGACCCAAUCCCAGAGAUUGGGAGCGUUAAAUAAGUUUAAAGCCGGUCAGGCCAGUAUUUUGGUAUGUACAGAUGUUGGUGCUAGGGGGUUGGACAUCCCAUCUGUUGAUGUGGUUAUCAAUUAUGAUAUACCUACCGAUUCCAAAUCAUAUGUUCAUCGAGUUGGAAGAACCGCCAGAGCCGGUAGAGCCGGUAAAUCUGUUUCCCUUGUGUCUCAAUAUGAAAUUGAAAUGUACUUGAGAAUCGAGAAGGCACUAGGGAAGAGAUUACCUAAAGACGAAGAUCCUCCAAAGGAAGAAAUAGAAGCAUUAUAUGUUCAUGUUCUGAAGGCUACCGCGGAAGCCAUCAAACAACUGAAACAACUCCAUGAAAAGUGGAACACCAAGAAGGGUGGAAGAGAUGAUCGAGACAAAGAAGAGAAAUAA